GGCCUUGGCCGGGAGCACCCCUUGCGCAGGGGCGGCUGGAGGGGGAGGCGGAGUAGGGAGCGGUGGCGUCCUGUGCGGCAGCCCUGAAACCCUUUGGAUUGUGCAUCCUCCCGUCGCACAGAUCUGCGCUCGCUCCCCCAGGGAGUAUGUACGUAUUUGCGCGCUGGGGCGCGUCAGGCAUAUUGCAGAAGUGAAGGAAGAUAGGCGAUUGAACGAACCCGGGGCUUACCGCCUGGGUUUUAAGUGGACGGACGGCCACGCCGGCGGUGGAUGUCAGUACGUCCGGGCUGUAGAAGGUCCUGGCAGCACGUGCAGCUGAGCGCCUCUCAGCGGACUCUCCUUCGUGCUGUUCGCCUGCGGGCCCGCAGCUUCUGCACAGAGUGCAGGCUGCCCAACUGGGUGAGAGAGUUGCAGACUGUUGAAAAACAGUGAAAUCCAGGAUUCCGUACUCAGAAGUUUCCUGGAAGUCUACAAUUUCUUGUUCGUUUUUAGACGGCAAUGACGGGGUUCACCCGCUGUGCAUUGUGUCCUGUAGAGAUAGGGGUGAGAUGGUAUCUGGUAAGCAGGGCUCUGCUCAGAAAAAGCUGGGGCCCUACCCGAGGAGGGGACGAGUGGGUAUAUACUUGUUUUUAAGUCAGAUUUGUAUCAUUUUUGUCACUGUUCAGCCCACCUUUACAAUUUACUGAUCAACUGUUGGUCUCAAUCUAGUUGGAUACCGAGGCUUCUCUUUCAGAGAGAAAAGCCCCUCCAUGGUCCUGUACCUCUGUUGGCCCCAGCUUCUGCCCCAGUGCCCUCAUAGCUCUGGAGCUGGCCAGCGUGGGAUGCGGAGGAUGGAGAGCCUGGGUUGGAAAUGUGAUGGGAACUGAACUCUAAGAAAGAGAUGUUGUCCUUGAAAAGCCCUUCCCUUGUGAGAUGCAAGAAAUUCAAUGUCCCUUCCGAGGGCAGGUGGCCAUCCUGUCAGUGGAGGUGGACAGUGAGGAAGGUUCUGCCCGGGUUGGGUGGAUGGUUUUGGUGGAGAUAGAAGCUUGUGACCUGAGGGCUUUGGCCUUGGAGGCUGACCACACAGAGCCAUGGGUCAUCAGGGUGCCUGUGGGGUGGUGGGUGGCCUGGGGGUGUGGCCGUCAUCAACACUGUGCUCCUUGCAGCCUUCUCUCGCCUGUGCUCCUGCUCCCAGCCUCCAGGAUGGCAGUGAUUCUGGCCUGUCUGAAAGCGAGGAGAGUGUGUUCUCAGGCCUGGAAGAUUCCGGCAGCGACAGUAGUGAAGAUGACCCAGCUGAGAGAGAGGAUGGGGUCAGCAGUGAUGAGGGCCCCAGCGGAAUGGAGAAGACCACUGGGCAGCAGGUGCAGGCUGGGAGCCCUUCCCCAAGGACAGAGGUGGCGAGAGUGCAGGGCUGUGAAGAGUAUGCGGAGGACAGCUCUGACGAGGAGGACAUCCGGAACACGGUGGGCAAUGUGCCCCUGGAGUGGUACGCUGACUUCCCCCACGUGGGCUAUGAUCUGGACGGCAGGCGCAUCUACAAGCCCCUGCGGACCCGUGACGAGCUGGACCAGUUUCUGGACAAGAUGGACAACCCUGAUUACUGGCGCACGGUGCAGGACCGGAUGACAGGGCAUGAUGUGCGGCUGACCGACGAGCAGGUGGCCCUGGUGCGGCGGCUGCAGCGGGGCCAGUUUGGGGACGGGAGCUUCGAUCCGUACGAGCCGGCUGUGGACUUCUUCAGCGGGGACCUGAUGAUCCACCCAGUGACCAACCGACCUGCCGACAAGCGCAGCUUCAUCCCGUCCCUGGUGGAGAAGGAGAAGGUCUCUCGCAUGGUGCACGCCAUCAAGAUGGGCUGGAUCCAGCCUCACCGGCCCCGGGACCGCACCCCUAGCUUCUACGACCUCUGGGCGCAGGAGGACCCUGACGCUGUGCUGGGCCGGCACAAGAUGCACGUGCCCGCGCCCAAGCUGGCCCUGCCCGGCCACGCGGAGUCCUACAACCCGCCUCCCGAGUACCUGCCCAGUGAAGAGGAGCGUCUGGCGUGGCAGCAGCAGGAGCCGGGCGAGAGGAAGCUCAACUUCUUGCCGCACAAGUUCCCCAGCCUGCGGGCCGUGCCCGCGUACGGCCGCUUCAUCCAGGAGCGUUUCGAGCGCUGCCUCGACCUCUAUCUGUGCCCGCGGCAGCGCAAGAUGAGGGUGAAUGUGGACCCUGAAGACCUCAUCCCGAAACUGCCCCGGCCGCGGGACUUGCAGCCUUUCCCCACGUGCCAGGCCCUGGUCUACAGGGGCCACAGCGACCUUGUCCGUUGCCUUAGUGUCUCCCCGGAUGGCCAGUGGCUGGCUUCAGGCUCCGACGAUGGCUCGGUGCGGCUCUGGGAGGUGGCCACUGCCCGCUGCAUGAGGACCGUGCCCGUGGGGGGUGUGGUGAGGAGCGUUGCCUGGAACCCUCACCCCACCGUGGGCCUGGUGGCCGUGGCAGUAGAGGACUCGGUGCUGCUGCUGAACCCGGCCCUGGGGGACCGGCUGGUGGUGAGCGGCACGGACCAGCUGCUGAGUGCCUUCGUCCCGCCCGAGGAGCCCGCGGUGCAGCCCGCCCGCUGGCUGGAGGCCUCGGAGGACGAGCGCCAGGCGGGCCUGAGGCUGCGCAUCUGCCACGGGAAGCCGGUGACACAGGUGACCUGGCAUGGACGUGGGGACUACCUGGCCGUGGUGCUGGCCGCCGCGGGCCACACGCAGGUGCUGAUCCACCAGCUGAGCCGGCACCGCAGCCAGAGCCCCUUCCGCCGUAGCCACGGACAGGUGCAGCGCGUGGCCUUCCACCCCCUGCGGCCCUUCCUGCUGGUGGCUUCCCAGCGCAGCAUCCGCCUUUACCACCUGCUGCGCCAGGAGCUCACCAAGAAGCUAAGACCAAACUGCAAGUGGGUGUCCAGCCUGGCGGUGCACCCCGCAGGGGACAACGUCAUCUGCGGCAGCUAUGACAGCAAGCUCGUGUGGUUCGACCUGGACCUUUCCUGUGAGCCGUACAGGGUGCUGAGACACCACAAGAAGGCCCUCAGGGCCGUGGCCUUCCACACCCGGUACCCACUGUUCGCCUCCGGCUCCGACGACGGGAGCAUCAUCGUCUGCCACGGGAUGGUGUACAAUGACCUGCUGCAGAACCCGCUGCUGGUGCCGGUGAAGGUGCUGCGGGGACACGUGCUGACCCGAGACCUGGGGGUCCUGGACGUGGCCUUCCACCCCACCCAGCCAUGGGUCUUCUCCUCGGGGGCCGAUGGCACCGUCCGCCUCUUCACCUAGGCCGCCCGGUGUCCGCCGGGGGGCGGGGGGGGGUGCGGCGCACGCGUGCUCAGGACCCUCAAUACAGGUGUUCCCCGCCGA